CCUGCAAGCGGGCGGUGGCAGGGGGAAGCAGGGAGCAAAGGAGGGAGCGAAACCCUACGUGGUGUGUGGGGCGUGUGUGACCAUGUUCCCUCCGCUCCUUUCUCCACCUCCCUCCCUCCCGAGCGCAGGCGGGGGCACGUGGCGAUGAUACCCGGGACACGAGAGUUCUUCAUCAACGCCAUGCCCCACCCCGGCUGGUCCUCCUCCAUGACAGUGUGGGGGGAGCUAGCGGACGAGCCCUCCAUGCAGGUUGUGGAGGCGCUGCUGCAGCUGCCGUACCACGAGGUACGACAUCCCACGUACGGCACCGUCAUGCGCAUGUUGGACGAGCAAGUGCGCUUCGUGCCCAUGCUGGAC